AUGGAUUAUACAUUUAUAUAAAAUAGUGAGAAUUUCAAUUUCUAUGGAUUGUUCUCCUAUUUCAAAUUAUCUUUUUAGCAAGACUUACAAUUAAGUUAAAUGAUUCAGAAAGCUAAAGAAGAGAAUACUCUUGAGAAAAGAAUAUGUGAUCCAGAAUUUUCAUAUAAUCCAAAAUUAUUUAGUAUCAGCAAUUAUCCUAAAAGUUUUAAUCUAAACAAUAUCAUAAAAUAUUCAUAAAAAGAUACUAAGUAAAAAAUAAUGUCUUGCAAAUAAUUUGGGUUAUAAUUUAAGGAUUAAUAUUUUUAUGUUUUAGGUUUGCGAUCUUUACUAUAUUAACCUAUAACUUUUGAGUAAAGUCUUUAAUAAAUGUGUAUGUUCUAAAACUUAAUUUAGCCAGAAGAUUAUAUCCAUGGGUAGCGUUCGAUGUAUUCCUCAAAAAGAAAUUAUUAGUAUUAUUUUUUAACUUUAUUGAUCAUGUUUAUUGUGAAAUAUAUGAUGGAGAAUAAACUAAAAUUAUUCAUUUUGUAUAAUUAGAAGUAUAAUAUAUUUGAUUAUUUAGAAAGUAACUUAUGGAUUCUAAUUGGAUGAAAUAAUAGUAACAAAUAAUAAUAAAUGCAUAAUCUAUAGAGCUAGAUAUUAGGAAUAAAGAAACUAUAUAGCUGAGGUUUUUCGUUUUGCUAUUGCAAAAGAUCUAGAAAUAAAAGUAAUGUCUCAUUUUAUUAAUCCUAAUGAUUCUGAUUUUAGAGCUAAAAUGAUAGAACAAGAAAAUGUAAUAAUAUUAAAUAUUUUAGAGCUUAAAAGUUGUGUAACAAUCAACCUUUAAAUUAAUAAGAAAUGAUAGAGUUAUUCCUCCUUCACCAUUACUUACAUAUAAAGGUAGAAUUAUUGGUGAUUAUUUAUCAACUCCAUUGCAUGGAAAUUUUACAUAUUAUAUUAGUUUAGGUUAAAAUAAUAUAGUUUAACAUAAAUAUCCAUAAAAUUAUGUUACAAUAAUACCUUAUAUGUCAGAUCAAUUUUAUAUGGAAGAAACUUAAUGUUAAACAUGUUUAGGAUUACAUGUUGGUAAAUAGUUAAAUUAUGCUUAUUUUGGUAGUUCUUAAGAAAGAGAAAACUUUUAAAAUACUAUAAGAGCUAGAAAAAGUGGAGUAAUUAAUUUAGAUGUAAUUUUUAUUCAUUUUGAAGAAGAUAGUUUAGAUAGAUUAGUUUAAUUUAAAAGAAUUAAAUUAAAAGAAAUUAAUCAAAGAAUUGAAUAAACAGAAUAAUAGUUACAAUAAUUAUAAUCUAUAAAGAAUGAAUUAGAAAUGGAUGUAAUAGAAGGAGAAUUAAAUUCAGCAGUCAAACUUAAAUAUAGUAGUUUAAUGAUUUAAUCAUAAUCAAUACUUCAUGAAGUAUCAGGUUUUGAUUCACCUAGUUUCUUGUAAUAAAAAUGA